AUGUCGGCCCUCGUCCGACCGAUGUGGACUGUGCCGCUAAACACUCAAGCCUCCUUGUCCCAGAUCAACAAAAGGAGAUUGGAGUUCGGCGUGGAUGUAGAAUCAUUUAAAAUAAACGAUAGACGCCUGGAGCGCAUCAGCAGUGAAGGCUCCAUGGACGAGGAAGAAAUCCACGGCAAGAGAAGACGACGGCUCCUAGACGACGAGAGAAGAGAUGAACCUGAUAUUCGUCGACGACCGUUGCCCAUGCACAGACCUCAAACCCUGCGGCAACCCGAAGAAGAUGACGAGACACUAAUCAGAGAAACGCAAGCGGCGUUAAGAACAUUAUCCGGCAACUGGAACCGAGAACCCCCGCAACAACACAAUCCCGAGGAAAAUGAGGAUGCCAAUGGUUUCGAAAACUUAUUUGAUGAUAAAAGAUCUGAAAAAAUGCAGUCUUCCCCUUCCCAAUCUUCCGAUAUGUCUCAAAAAAGUUACUCGACACACCAUCAAGUUCAACAUAUAAAUGGAAUCAAUGAACAUGAAACCAAAACUAACCUUAUCACGAUACAACUAGAAAAGUGUGAAGAGUAUGACAGACUCAGUAGACAGUCUAACCAAUAUGGAGCGCCAAAUUUCGACGAACUCGUCGACUCGUCUUCCAACGAACUAGAAAUAGAUAUGUCAGAUAGAUGUGAUGAUAGAUACGACGAUGACAGGGACAUUAAGCCAAAACGAAAGGGUGAAAUGGUGUCUGUAAAUAAACAGUCGCUGUACAAUGCUUACAAGGCUGCUACGGCAGCUUUACCAUAUUCGACACAAUCGGCCUUCAAGCCGCCUGCAGAAGUGAAACAUAGAAUCCACAACUCAUCGUUACCCAGUGAACCCUUUGGGGGGUACUCCAACGACCACGAUAGAAAGGAGCACAAAGGUUCGAAGCAGUAUACGGUGCUGCAGCCCGCGGGCGCAGGGUCCCGCGCAGCGACCGCGCUGCAGGAGGCGCGCGCCGUGCCCUCCGCGCAGCCAGCGCGCGACUCGCGGCCGCUGAACGCGCUCUCCCCGCCGGCACGAGAAGGCAACAAGUGUCCUACACCCGGGUGCAAUGGGCAGGGCCACGUCACCGGCCUAUACACUCACCACAGGAGUCUGUCAGGAUGUCCAAGAAAGGAUAAAGUCACUCCGGAGAUAUUGGCGUUGCACGAGACGAUAUUGAAGUGCCCCACGCCGGGGUGCAACGGGCGCGGCCACGUCAGCUCCAACCGAAGCACACACCGCUCCCUGUCCGGCUGUCCUACUGCUGCGGCGCGUAAGGCCGCCGCUAGGUCUCAGAGAGCCAGACCUGCUGUAUCACACAGCUCAAUAUCGCAGCCACCAAUCGCAAUCAGCCAGGAGAGUGUAGCGAGUUCUUCGGGUAGUAUUUCUCGGGACCGCGAGGCGUCGCCUCGCAGCCCCGCCGUGAAGCGAGAGGGCGAGCUGCUGGUGCCAAAGCGCGAGGCCGCCGAGCCCGAGCGCGACUCCCCCAGCAUGGAGACGCGCCACGCCGGCUACGGCGCGCCACCUGACCAAAGGUCCCCAUAUGAAAGACCCCCCGAUGACCAUGUGCGGUCGUACAGUCAAAUGAACGAGGCGAGGUAUGGCUACGAGUCGCGGUGCUACGAAGGAGCUCCAGCGUUCGAGCGCUACGACCCCGCACAGUGCCCCCAACGGCCCUACGGCUGGGAAGAAGAACGCUACCAUGACCCCCACUUACCUACCCCCAUGAAAACCGACCAGUCUGAACAAGAAACCAGCUCAGGACCCAUAUACCCUAGACCAAUGUACCACUACGAGACUGGUAGCGGCGUAGGUGCGGUGGGUGGCGUGGCGGCGAUGGGCCCCGGCGUCCCGCCCGGCUUCUCCGCGAUCAACUUGUCUGUGAAGAUCGCCGCGGCACAAGCGCAGCGACCUCGGAGCCCCACGCCCCGGGAUCCUCGCGAUCCUCGCCCCGCCAUAGAUCUUUCCACUUCUAGUGGUAGUCCACAGGGUCCAUACGCAUCUCCGGUGUACACAAGCGCCGGUGGUGGCAGCGGGGGCGGUGCCCGAGGCAGCCCGCAGCCGGGAGCCUCGCCUCAGCUCACAGCCAGCCCUCAAGUGCCCAGUCCGCAGGGCCAAACUCUCGACCUUAGCGUUUCCCGUUUACCACAUAGUCGAGGUUUCCCCGGCGGAGUCUCCUACAGUCGAGAAUCAACCCCAGACAGUGGUGGCAGUCAUCCGUACCUUGAAGCUUACCAUCGAGACACCGCCGGUUACGGUGGUGUCAGUCCACAUCCAGUAGCGGGUUACGGGCUAGCUCAGCCUGAUUAUGCGGCGGCAGCUGCGGCGGCUGGCUACGGUGGCUACCAGUACCAGUGUGGAGCGUAUCCGCCACCGCCAGCGUACCCGCCGCAUGCACCGCCCUAUCACCGCGACGACUUUUAUGGGAAACUGAGUUACCGGAUACGGGAGUCGAGGGAGCUCAUCCAGUGCCCUGUCGAGAGCUGCGACGGCUCCGGCCACAUUUCUGGCAACUUCGCGACACACCGCAGGCAAGCGGAGUCAUUGCUGAAUACGUUCGCGGUUGCAUAUCUGCGGCUGUGCAAAUUUUGA